UGUUUUUUCAUUAGGUAUUACUAUUAUCAACUUUAACGAAACCUUAUUAAAAUUUUGAACUGUUCCCAUAGCACCUCAAUUCAUCUGUGAAUUCAAAAUUGUAUUCAACGGAUAAUCACUUUGUAAAAUAACGUUUUUUUAACUUUUCAUAGUACUAGUACAUAUUACUAUAAAUAAAAUAAAGUUGUUAUUGCCGGCUGUGUUGCCUUAUGAGAAGGAUUUUAUCAAAAAAACUAAAAGAAACUAUCGUAAUUUUUUGCUUUAAUUUUGUAUCUACAUUAUUGGUAUGUAUGUACAUAAUACAUACCAAAAUGCCCAAUAAUAGGUACCUACCUACAUCUGUCUUGUUAGUUACCAUAGCAAGGAAAUUCACCUAAACAAACCACAAUAGAAUUGUUUGUUACCCAUUUCAAUUUUAUAUGUAGUUUACUUCAAUGCACACAAAAUCAAGUUAUUGCAUUUAUUGGAAAUAAAUAUGAACUAUUAUGAUGAAGAAAUUGAAAUUAAUCGAGAAUCAACAAAAGAAACCAGUCAUAUUGCGCCUUCUACAAAUUCAGCUAAGCCCUUAAAAACAGUUUUAUCGAAAGAUGAAAUUGCGUCGGUUGAGGGACCAUCAAAUAGACAAAAUGAAACAGACUUGACCAAAAGUAAUAACAAUAAUGUCAAUAACAUCAGCAAUAGUAAAAAUAAAGAAAACAAAAUUGAUGAGACACAUAUUGAAUCAUCUGAAUCAGAAACCGACGAAGAAGCAACACAAAAUGAUGAAGUGCAACAAAAGAAUUACAGCAUUUUAACUUCUGAAAAAUGGAAAAAUUUACCAAUUCCACAAGAUUUGAAAGAUAUUAUGCAAAAUAUUUUAAAAUAUGCUCCGCAAACAAUAGAAACAGAAUACAAAUUACAACCCUUUAUACCUGAUUUUGUUCCUAGUGUAGGGGAUGUCGAUGCAUUUUUGAAAGUAUCUUAUCCAGAUACAAUGGAAAAUAGUAAAAAAGCAGAAAUAAGCGACUUUAUGCUUGCCAUGGGAUUAGUUGUAUUAGAUGAGCCUAGUGGACGUCAAAGUGAUCCAAAUUUAUUGAGUAUGAAGUUGAGAUCAGUAUUUACUAAUUCAGCCAUUCAUAAUAUAGUUACCAAGGUGCCAACAGCACGCAGCACUAAAGACAUUGAUAAAUGGAUAAAUGAAAUUGAAGAAAUUCAUCGUGAUCAAUCAGUAUAUCGAAUGAGCUCAAUUGAGAUUAAUGAUGAAAUAAGCAUUGAUAGCUUAAUGGCAGAAUGGCCAAAAUCUUUUGAAAUAGCACUCAAUGAAGAAGGUUUUCCCCAACCUGAACUAGAUUGUUCAUUGGAGAAAUUUUUAAAAAUCGUUUCAUCAAUAUUUGAUAUACCAAUUUUUGAAGAUCAAUCUACCCAUUUUGUGCAAGCAAUCCAUGUUCUAUUUAAUUUGUAUUUGGCUAUUAAUGAAACUGAGGAUUUUAAAUAAAAUUUAUGAAUUAAGUAUGUUAAUAAAAAACAAUCAAUUGCUAUCUAAAUUUAGAAAAAAAAAAUUGUCAUCCGCUUCUUAAAGCAAAAAAAUCCUCUGUUCGGAAUGCUUUGGCCAGAAAUGUAAAGUUAUUGCAAACUUAAUCUAUUCAGCUGAGAAAAGCAAAUUGAUCAAGAUUUUACUUUUCUUGUAAUUUGUCAAAAUUACUUAUAAAUAUUGCUUAUAAAUAUUGCUUAUUUGUUA